AUGAUAGUAAUCCUUAUGUACAACGUGCGUAUUUGUCAGAGCAAGAACUAUAGUAACUUCACACUGUAUUCGACAACGCCUACAGAGGCAGAUCACUUGAAGUUUCUACAAAACUUGGAUAAACAGAAAUACAUAGACAUGGUGUUUUGGAAGAAACCUUACAAAUUGUAUGAAGAUGUGCAGUUUAUAGUUAGUCCUGCUGAUAAAGACAUGUUCCUUGAAAGAGCUAAUCAUUUCAAAUUGAAAACUGAGUCUUCCUUGGCUAUUUUCAGAGCAUUCAAAGAUCAAGAAGUCAGAAAAUACUUGCGACUAAAAACAGAAACUUUCACUUGGGACUACUACCACACUUUAGAAGAUAUCUACCAAUGGCUUACUGACAUAGCCGUGAAAUACCCAAACAUUGUUGAGUUGCAGUCAAUAGGAAAAUCUGCAGAAGGACGUGAGAUUUACGCUAUGUGUAUCAGAAAACGUGGUAACAAAUACAAGGUGAUUGUCGAAAGUGGAAUUCAUGGAAACGAGUGGAUUGCAGUGGAAUUUGUAACGUAUUUACUGGAUCAAUUGGUAGUCCAGAAUGACACGAAACAUUGGAGGAUGCACGAAUUGGGGAAGAAGUAUGAUUGGUAUAUUAUUCCGAUUAUCAAUCCUGAUGGUUAUGUGUACAGUCAGACAGUGGAUCGAUUAUGGAGAAGAAACAGAAGAGUGACAAACACUGGUAUCGGUGUUGAUCUGAACAGGAAUUUUGACUACAAUUUUGGAAAAUACGGCACGAGUCACGAUCCGAAAGACGACUACUUUUGUGGGUCUCAUCCAUUUUCUGAACCAGAGACAAGAGUUUUGGCAGACUUCAUCACGGAUAAGAAACAUAAUCUUCGAUUUUAUUUUUCUUUUCACGCCUAUGGUCAAAAAGUUAUUAUACCUUUUGCGGACAGAAUAAAACAUAUAGAGAAUUAUGGUGAGAUGGAGAAUUUUGGUAAACAGGCCAUAUUGAAAAUUUACAAAAUGUUCGGCACCAAAUAUAGUGUAGGAACUACUUAUGAUACUUUAGGCCUUCGCAUUUCUGGCAACAGUGCUAGUUGGGUGAAGAAAACUCACGGUGUCAGAUAUGUCUUCACCUUCCUUCUUCGUGACAACGGUACCUACGGUUACGCGCUCCCACCAGCCCAGAUCCUUCCCACAUGUGAGGAAUCCAUCGCUGGUCUCACAGAGCUCAUGAUUGCAAAGCCGAGGCGGGUUCGGCUGAACCUCUUCAAUAGAGCGCAAACGUUGAGAGGGACUGUUCUGAGUUUAUUUUGUACUGUUAAUUUUAUAUUAUUAUUACUUUUAAAAUAAAGAUUUUGUAUUAUGUUGUUUA